AUGGCGCCCGAGAUGGCUUCAAGAGCUGCCGCUCCGAAUAAGCGCAAAGAACCUCCACAUACAUCAUCUAACGGCAGAAAUGAUUCAGGAAGAGGUCGAGCUAUGAAGCGCAACAAGACACUGGAUGCGCGAUCAAUAAUGACUCAAACAGCCGACGCUGCUCUCAAAAAUGGAGACCUGGACUUACAAUCAUUUUUGAAUGCCCGGGAGUAUGAAAUAAAGGCAUUGGAAGAUGGCAUGCAAAGAUCAAAGGGUGCCUUAUCCACCAGAGCAUUUCAACAAGUACCGCGGGACAUGAGAAGAAGAACAGCAAGUCAUAAUGUGAAGAGAGUACCAAAACGAUUACAAAAGAGAGGGGCAAGGGAGAUGAAAGAGGAUAAUACACCGACUGUCAAUGCAAACAAGAGAAAACCGGGAAGUUCAAGGGGUCGCGUUCGUGCAGAAACGGCUAAGAAGUUAGGAAUUUUGGCAGACAAGAAAAGAAUUGCUAAAGGUACAACGAAUGCUGCAGGAAUCACAACAAGAGCUGCCCGACCGAAAAUACGGAAAAAUGCAUUGAACAAUCCUCCAAAACCGUCGUCGAAAUUUCGGAAGCGACAAAUUCACAAAACAUGGUUACCUACUCAUUUAUGGCAUGCAAAGCGAGCGAAGAUGACAGAACCUAAGGAACCACUUUGGAGAAUGGCUAUACCACUCACUUGCACAGAAAAAUCAUACAGGCCGACACAUAGAGCAGGGGAGAGUAGAGGGGCUGUGGCUUGGGAUAUAAGUUAUACAAGUACUAUUGGUCUUAGGGGUUCAAUUGAGUCUCUUGGAAAGGUUCUUGUAGCCAUUGGAAUACCGGAGAUUGAUAUAAACACGGCUAAAGGUUCAAAGUGGAGAGCAGGCAGAAGAAGCUGGAACGGGUGGCUAAGCAGAGAAAUGAAAGAACAAAAACUACAGAUUGGCCCUGCCGUCGCGUUGUGGGAUAUUCCUGAAGAUGUCACAGAUAGCAAUGCUACCAAUGUACCGAAGAAGUCAAUUAGACAAGUCUUGAUCAGAAUACAUCCUUCUGCAUUCCUUGAGACGUGGACUGAGCUUCUGCGCCUAUCAAAAUUGCAACAUCCUGCCAUUCAGCUUGAAGACCUCCGUUUUGAGAUUGGAAGUAUCGAAAUAACUGGUCCUGGUUCAACUGAAGCUUUAAUUGGUAUACUUCAUCCAUAUAACCAAGCUGAAGAUGAUCAAGAACCACAUGCAAAAACAUUUACUUCAUUAGCUGGUGUUACCAACCCUGCCUCUUUACCUGCAAACACUAUAUUAUCAUUCUCAAUCAUGGAUCCUAGACUUCGCUAUCCGCCUCGCAAAAUCGAACUCCCAGAUCCUGCCGAUGAGGAAGCUAGUUUUGAUUUAGCGGAAAUGUUAUCUACAUGGCCGGCAGAUAAGUCACCCGCUUCAUCACCUCUCUUUGAUCGAGACAUACGAUACAAAGCUACUCGUCUUCCUUCGCAGAAAGCCUUGAACCGUCGCAAAACCUUAGCACCGCCGGGCACUUUUCCUUCCGUUUCAGAACGUGAUCCUUCUAUACCAAUCAUGCUUCUCACAUCAAGGAUGUCACAAUCCUCAGCAGCACAAGGUAGCUGGACUCUUCUCGCCCCAUGGAAGUGUAUACUGCCAAUUUGGUAUGGCUUGAUGCACUUUCCUCUUUCGUCUGGCGCCAAUCCUCGUUUUGGAGGUCUCCAAGAGUUGAGACAAUCACAUUUUGAGCAUGGAGUUCCAUGGUUUCCAGCUGAUUAUCCUGGAACCAAUGCUGGCUACGCUUGGGAAGUCGAGCAAAGAGAGAAGAGGAAACGAGAAUGGGAUAAGCGACCAAAGGGGAAGAGAGUCGAAUGGAAAUCUCUUGAUCUCGGUGGUGGAAGAAAAGGAGAACUUGGAUUGGGCUGGGCAUGUGACUUUGAGAAAGUGGCUGGGCUGUCUAGAACAUCGGAUCCUGAACAGGGCGAUUCCAAUACAAGGUUGGAGCCAGAAACUACCGCCGAGCCCAAGGAUAAAGUCGUCGAGAAUCCUUUCAAUCAGUUCUCCAGCAAGAACCUCUCUUCUCUGCUUUCAUCCCCCGAAGCGGAUCUUCCAGCACCAGCAGAACUUACCACUAUCCGCCUCACAUUUUUAACCCGUGGGGUUGCCACUCCCACCGCUCGUAUCUACCGCCUUCCAGCCGAGCCAAUCGUGAGCGAAGAUUCGAUAAACUCCACUUCUACCAACCCCCCAAGCCUUCGUCAAGAAUGGCUUUCCCUCGUUCCUGCACCCAUAACCAAGAAACCACCACCCAAUCCCAAAGCCAAAGAUCUUCGAAAAAUUAGUAAAAUACCAUUAAACACAGCCCUUCCACAACGCAUCCAACUACUCGCAAAAUCCCUACUGCAAAACCCACCAUUAAAAUAUCCAAAGGAGAAAAAUGAUUCGGGCAAUCACCCAUUGGUUCCUAAUGAGGAGGAUCUUAUUGGUUUCGUUACUACAGGAGAGUACAAUCUAGCAGAGGGAAAGGGCGUUGCUAUAGGAGCUGUUUCUGCGAAACAGAUACUUGAGGGUGUCAAGAGUAAUGGGUUGAGGGUGGGUAUGUUGUGUAUUGUGAGGAAUGCGGGGGAAACGGUAGGAAGAUUGGCGAGGUGGGAUGUGGUUUGA